AGUCCCUGGCGCUGUUCAUUCAUGAUUGGUACUCGGUCCCCUGAGAUCCAGUCUGAGCGCGGGGCGGAGCGGCCGGGUGGUAGCAGGGGCGGGCAGGCGGAGCGCAGCUCCCGCACCGCACGCGGCGCGGGCUCGGCAGCCUCGGCCGGGCGGGCACGCCGGCCCCGUGUCCAACAUCGGGCAGGCUUUGGGGCUCGGGACUCGGCCCUCGGAGAGGCCAGUGGCCAGGUUGGGUGCCCGCACCGGGGGGCGCCUGUGAAAGCUCCCGAGAGCUUCUGGCCCUGGGAGUCAGUGCCUGUGCCUGGCUGAAGAAGGCAGCAGCCACAAGCUCCAGGCGCCCCGGCCCCACGCUUUCUGAAUACCAAACUGCAGGCGAGCUGCCCGGAGCUUUUUUGCUUUCUUGCUUUUCCUCUUCUCCAAUUCAAAGUGGGCAGUCCACACCGAUUUCUUUUCAGGGGAGGGAGGAGACAGGGCCAGGGGUCCCAAGUCGCACACAAGUCUUCGCUGCCAUGGGGGCCGUCAUGGGUACCUUCUCGUCCCUGCAGACCAAACAAAGGCGACCCUCUAAAGACAUCGCCUGGUGGUAUUACCAGUAUCAGAGAGACAAGAUCGAGGAUGAUCUGGAGAUGACCAUGGUUUGCCAUCGGCCUGAGGGACUGGAGCAGCUUGAGGCACAGACGAACUUCACCAAGAGAGAACUGCAAGUCCUUUACCGGGGAUUCAAAAACGAGUGCCCCAGUGGUGUGGUUAACGAAGAGACAUUCAAGCAGAUCUACGCUCAGUUUUUCCCUCAUGGAGAUGCCAGCACAUACGCACAUUACCUCUUCAAUGCCUUCGACACCACCCAGACAGGCUCUGUAAAGUUCGAGGACUUUGUGACUGCUCUGUCGAUUUUACUGAGAGGAACGGUCCAUGAAAAACUGAGGUGGACGUUUAAUUUGUACGACAUCAAUAAAGACGGCUACAUAAACAAAGAGGAGAUGAUGGACAUAGUGAAAGCCAUCUAUGACAUGAUGGGGAAAUACACCUAUCCUGUGCUCAAAGAGGACACUCCCAGGCAGCACGUGGACGUCUUCUUCCAGAAAAUGGAUAAAAAUAAAGAUGGCAUUGUAACGUUAGACGAAUUUCUCGAGUCCUGUCAGGAGGAUGACAACAUCAUGAGGUCUCUACAGCUGUUCCAAAAUGUCAUGUAACUGAGGACACUGGCCAUCCUGCUCUCAGAGACACUGAAAAACACCUCAAUGCCCUGAUCUGCCCUUGUUCCAGUUUUACACAUCAACUCUCGGGACAGAAAUACCUUUUACACUUUGGAAGAAUUCUCUGCUGAAGACUUUCUACAAAACCUGGCACCGCGUGGCUCAGUCUCUGAUUGCCAACUCUUCCUCCCUCCUCCUCUUGAGAGGGACGAGCUGAAAUCCGAAGUUUGUUUUGGAAGCAUGCCCAUCUCUCCAUGCUGCUGCUGCCCUGUGGAAGGCCCCUCUGCUUGAGCUUAAACAGUAGUGCACAGUUUUCUGCGUAUACAGAUCCCCAACUCACUGCCUCUAAGUCAGGCAGACCCUGAUCAAUCUGAACCAAAUGUGCACCAUCCUCCGAUGGCCUCCCAAGCCAAUGUGCCUGCUUCUCUUCCUCUGGUGGGAAGAAAGAACGCUCUACAGAGCACUUAGAGCUUACCAUGAAAAUACUGGGAGAGGCAGCAACUAACAUAUGUAGAAUAGGACUGAAUUAUUAAGCAUGGUGGUAUCAGAUGAUGCAAACAGCCCAUGUCAUUUUUUUUCCAGAGGUAGGGACUAAUAAUUCUCCCACACUAGCACCUACGAUCAUAGAACAAGUCUUUUAACACAUCCAGGAGGGAAACCGCUGCCCAGUGGUCUAUCCCUUCUCUCCAUCCCCUGCUCAAGCCCAGCACUGCAUGUCUCUCCCGGAAGGUCCAGAAUGCCUGUGAAAUGCUGUAACUUUUAUACCCUGUUAUAAUCAAUAAACAGAACUAUUUCGUACACA